AUGACGACCCUGGAGGGUGCUCCCGGGAAAGCAGUGCUGGAGGUGGCCCAAGUAGAAGAAACCCCGGCCCGGGCUGCCGGAGUAACAGCAACCGAUCAGCCCAGCUCCGGCGCCGACGCCCAGCCCUUCAACUUAGAUAUAGAGGAAGGGGAUUUCCUCCAACUCCAGCAGGAGGACCCUUUACUCCAACGAGCCUGGGAACAAGCGUCAAUGCCGAGCGAAGAAGGCGAGACUCGGGGGACAUACGGCCAGAGUCCACGGUUUGAGCCUCCUGAGCUGGACUUCGGCCCAUGGUGUGAACCAGAGAUGGAGCCCUGUAUAGAGGGAGAGCUGACACCGGUGCAAAGGAAGGAGGUGGAACAGUUGCUGCAGCCGUACCCCCACGUAUUGACCAAUCGGCCAGGUAAGACCACCCUUGCGAGUCACGAGAUAUAUACAGAACCAGGGAAGAAGGUUCGUAAUGCCCUCAGACCAUUACCCCGGAAAUUGUGGGAACCCGUGAGACAAGAAUUACAGAUGAUGUUGCAGUGGGGGGGUAGUGGAGGAGUCUCGGAGCAACUGGCGGAGCCCGAUAGUGUUGGUCCCAAAAUCGGACAAAACGCUGCGGUUUUGUAUAGACUUCCACGGGGUGAAUGCCAUCUCCCGCUUUGAUGCCUAUCCCAUGCCUCGGGU